UUGUUGAUGUAGCUUCUGCAGACAGGGGAGGGUAUGGGGUGCCAUUGUGUCGUUUUCUGCGUUUCGGUGAGUGAAAGGUGGGUUUGACGAGGUGAGGUGAGUGAAGGCUGUAAGCAGAAGGAGCGGGCGAGAUCGAGGUGUGCAGCUGCUGUAGACAUAAUCAGCCACGAGAUUGUCCUGUAAGCAGGCAAGAACGUCUAUUAUUCCGAGAUAUCGUGGGCAUGACGCCACACUCUCACUCCGCGAUCGUUUGCGCCCGUCCCAGAUUCUGUUCCACAUUCUCAGCUCGGGUAUCGCUAUCACCAUCGCGUCCACACUGCUCUUCACAGGGCUGCCGCCCCCCAUGCACAGACCAAUGGAACCCAGUCCUCUUCGGCAUUCGAAGGACUUUCUCUCGCCGCAUGGGUCAACAAGAACCCUCGGAAGCGUGACUUCCCGUCGUUCACAAAGGUCGGCUUCAACACGACACUACGGCUCCCAUCUCUCCACCAUUCCCUCACGAUCUAACAUUUCCGUAUUCUCACCACCCUUUUCUCCACCUCUCAACCCUGCUCUUCACACGCGUCCCCUCAGGCUCUCGUCUCUUCACGUGUUACCGCAUCAUCCAUAUCCUCACGGGCACUAUCACCAACAUUCGCACAUCACCGUCGGUACCGUUCAUUCCGUGCAGCAUUACCCUCGUGGACCGUUCAAGUCUGGGUGCCCAGCGUGUGGCGUUGAUCCCGUUGUACUCUUCCCCAGACAUCCGUGGGACCAAAAACAUCGGCAACCUUGGUGGGAGCACUUAAAGGAAGAAUACGACUUUGUGAAGCCGUAUAUCGAGUGGCAGCGCAGAGACAAGUACCUCAGGACGCAACGCAGACGCAAGGAGGGCAAGCUACUACGCCAGCGCUUCAAGCUAAGAACUUUGAAGAAGACCUGGAAGGUGGAGCUCAAACGGUUCGGUUGGAAACUUUUGGGCUGGAAAAAUUGGGAGCCUGACAAGGAAAGAUCAAGGCAACGGCCACAGCAGCAGCAGCAGCAGCCGCCUGAGCCAACUUUCAAUCUUCUCGUAACCGGUGGUGAAGACUCUAACGCAACACAAGAUGAUCGAGACAUUCAAGGACAUGAAGCACGGCAAGAGCUCUUAGGAGAGUCUGAAGCUCGAACGGACGGCGAGCGAGCUGAUACAUCGGAUGCAGGAAACUGCCUCAGAGGACUCGCUGGAAAGCACGAGAGCAAGAGUACUAGCAAAUGCUAAAGCAAUAUACGGCCCCGCUCGCUGCCUGGAUGUCAUUACCUACGGCAACUCCUCCUCUCGCAAGAUCGCCGCUGCCAUCGUCGAACAC